AGCGCGUGAUGACGUCAUGCCCGCUCGCGCGACCGACGGCCGGGACGUACGUAAGGUGGAUCUGACGUCACGACGCAGCAGUUUGUCCACAGCGUCAAGGGCGCACGUGUUUUGUUUGUAAAUAAAUAAAUAAAAAUUCCCUCACGAUCUUUUCAAAGUUGCUUCCAACCCUUGCGCGCGCGUUCUCAACACGAUGGCGUCGUUACUGAAUAAGAUCUCCGCAGGUGACGGGAGCGUCCUCUUUCGCCGGGCGCUGACGUGCCACCGGCUGCGGCCUGUGACCUCCCCUGCCGAGCCGCCAGGCGGAGCGCCGCUGCUGCCGUGGGAAGCUCGGAGGGCCUACCGCCGACACCCCACGCACGACAUCGGACGCUUCCAAUUCAUGCUCCAGAAGCUGCAGGGGAAGGGGCGGAAGGCGAAGGCGAAGCCGGACCCGAUCUGGACGUCGAAGUCGGAGCUCAUGUACGACACGCUGAACGUGCGCCUCAGCGGCCAUGACGUGGUGCUGGUGGGGCACUUUGCUCGCUACGCUCACCUCCUGUGCAACCGCCUGGGGGUGAGCGUCGUGGAGAGCUACGCGCUGCCCACACGGACGCUGGACGUCCUCCUCCAGGACCAGGGCACCAAGAUGGUGGUGGAGGCGUCGCUGUCCACACACUCACGUGUCAUCCAGGUCGCCAGGCUGAGCUCCACGCUGGGCCCCGUCCUGCUCGAGGUGCUGCAGCUGAACCAGCCCGAGGGAGUGGCCCUCGACGUCUCGCAGGUGACACACAAGGGG